AUGGUCAUCCCAGUACCUCUACCUUGUGGUGGCGUGGUGGUAGUUGGACAAGAGACGAUCCUCUAUAAUGGGGAGGAUAAUGUGUAUCUAACCAUAUCUCCAAAUACUAUGAAUAAAGCGCUGUUCACUUGCUAUGCAUCUGUGGAUACGAAUGGACAACGGUUUCUUUUGGCUGAUGAUCACGGUGUUUUGUACAUGCUCGUCCUUGAUGUCGACGUUAAGAGUCCUAAUCCCAGUGUGAAAGAUCUGAAGAUAGAAUCUCUCGGUGAAACCACUAUUGCUGAAAGUCUGGUGUAUCUGGAUAACGGUGUGUUGUUUGUUGGUUCGCGAUUUGGUGAUUCUCAACUUGUUCGCCUAACUUCACAGCCGAAUGCGGAGAAUAACUCUUUUGUACAGAUAUUGCAAACAUUCACGAACCUUGCUCCUAUUCGAGAUAUCGCUGUCAUGGAAUGUGAUGGUCAGAAUCAAAUUAUCACUUGCUCUGGAGCGUUCAAGGAGGGAUCUCUGCGUAUCAUUCGUAAUGGCAUUGGUAUAGACGAAGCUGCUUCUGUAGAUAUUCCUGGUGUCAAGGGAAUUUUUACUCUGAAAAUCGGUUCGAAGCUAGACAAUUAUCUGAUCAUCUCUCUGAACUCUGAAACGCAUAUUCUAGCUAUGAAUGGGGAGGAGUUGGAAGAUACCCAGUUGCUAGACUUGGAAACUGACGAGCACACGUUAUGGGCUGGGAUGCUGGGAGAAUCUCAGAUCGUUUUGCAGGUAAGCAUGUUUAGCCUUAACUGUAACUCUCCGCAACCAUUUCAUACAAUCAAACUUCUCCUACCAUUUUUGCUAACACAUUGACG